AUGCGCUUGAAUGACUGCCCCAUUGCAUCAUGGGGACAACAUCCAUGCACACACAAAAAUGACGCCAGCGUUAUCUGUUCCGUUGAUCAUUGGCAGCUGAGACUGGCUGAUGGAGUGGGCCGUUGUGAUGGCCGAGUGGAGGUUUAUUACGGAGGCGUCUGGGGCAGAGUAAAUGACGGUCUGUGGGAUUUCAAAGAUGCAGAUGUGGUAUGCAGACAGCUGAGCUGUGGCUCCGCAAUAAAUGUUUACAACCACUCAAAGUAUGGAAUUGGGAAAGGACCAGUGUUAAUGAACAAUGCCAGUUGCAAUGGGAGUGAACCCCACCUCUGGAACUGCACGUUCACACAACUUAAACACUUACCUAUCGGUGAUGAUGUUGGCGUGUUUUGUUCUGAUCAUAUUCCCAUAAGGCUGGUGGACGGCGGAAGUCGUUGUGCCGGAAGGCUGGAAGUUUUACUACAACGGAACCUGGGGAACCGUGUGCGAUGA